AUGGCUGACGCCCUGAACCUAUCGAAAUCUGUUUACAUCAUGUCCAAGUCUUUAGUCUUCAUCACUGGUGGUACUGGCUAUAUCGGAGCUGAAGUCAUCCAGCAAGCUCUCGAGACAGGUUACCGCGUCCGCCUCAGCGUCCGAAAGGCCGAGCAGGCUACGCUCAUCGAGAAGCGCUACUCUGGAUAUACCUCCGACAUCGAGACUGUCGUUAUACCCGAUAUCAGUGAGCGAAAGCCCUUCGAGACCGCUUUGAAAGACGUUGAUUAUAUCAUUCAUGUCGCUUCUCCCAUCCCUGGAAAGGGUACAGACUUGCAGGAGGAUUAUAUCAAGCCGGCAUUGAACGGCACCGAAGCGAUUUUGUACGCAGCACUCGAGUUCCCCAAGAUCAAAGCUGUUGUCAUCACCUCGUCAGCUGUUGCACUCUUGCCGCUAGACACUCCCAUGAUCAGCGACAAAGUGCUCAAGGAGAACUCUGGAGAAGUCCUGUCGGCGGGUGUUGAUCUGGAUGCUUCGAACGAGAAUGGUCACGGAAUGUACCGUAUCUCAAAAGUUCUCGCUCACCAGGCUACUCGCGAUUUCCUCGAAAAAGAGAAACCUGCUUACAAGCUUGUUACAACCCAUCCCACGCUUGUGAUAGGCGAGAGCAGAAUUCAAAGCUCGCCAGAAUCGAUUGACAUGGUAAACAACAUGCUUUGGCAAACUAUCCAGCACGGAAAUCCGGCCUUUCCUUCGCUAUGGGUAGACGUCAAGGAUGUCGCCGCUAUUCAUGUUGGAGCUAUCAACAGUUCUGCUCCUUCGGGUACCGAAUUCAUCUGUUCUGGCCCUGAAGUGUCAUGGAACGAGAUCGCGACUUUUUUGAAGCAAGAAUACCCCGAUCUGAGUAAGCUUGAGCCAAACUUCGAAGGCCCAAAGACUGGAGCAGAGACCGGUAACGCAGAGAAGUACCUUGGACUAGAGUGGACUCCAUGGAAACAAACGUUCAAAGAGGCAAUCGACCAGCAGCUGAGUUUCCAGGACAAGGGGGCACAGUAG